UAUUCAUCCAAUGUGCACUCGUGAGGUUACUUCAACCUGAUUAUCAAAAAGUAAUUGCAAAUAAAAAUAAUACUCUUAUUGCAUCGAAGGGAUUGGUUCCAAUCAUCCUUCUAUUCAAUAUAAUCCAUCACUCAAUAACCUAUGUGAGUAUUUUCAAUCCAUUCGAAUCGCAUUAAAUCCUCCAGAGUCGAAUAUCUACGACAGUUGUUGUAAACUAUCGACCAGAUUUUCAAGUCGAGCUGCUGCUCAAGGUACUAACAAGUUCACAUCCUCAUACCGGUCUUCCACCUCCUUCCUGUCAUUGAUAAUACAAAACUAAGCAAUGAAGAUAUAAAACUAAAAGUAAUAUGUGAUACAAUUUCACUUUUAAUUCAACCAUCUGUAGACUAACGCUAAAGCAAAAUACCGUGGAUUAAACGUUUAGUGGUUUACCAACGGGGUUUUUGAACGGUAUGUGCAGUGUGUGUGCACUAUAAUAAAGUCAUACAUUUCAUGUGCUGUAAAAUGUUUUUCUAUAGUAAAAUACGUAAUUUUACGAACAUAACCUGGGAAAAUAUAUGUUGCUAUUUCUGUUAUUUUUAAAUAUUUUUAUAAUCCUAAAAAACUUCUUCUAAUUUAAUAUAAAUAUAUUUCAGUGUGUGUAACAGGCCCAUUAAAGUAGGAAGGAGUGGAGCGUGUCGGACGCAAAAUCAGCACCAUAAAAUGAAUAGGAUACAGGUACUUUUACUUUUAAUGGUGGCGAUGAGCGGAGUCAAUUGCAAUGGAAGUAAAAACAAAGAAAAGGAAGCUAAGCGUACAGUUAAACCAUUUGAAUUAAACAAAAUUGUAAAGAAAAGCACAAAUGGAAAAAGACAAUCAGCUGAAUUAGAGGAUCUUUACCCUUUUGGCCAAAAAGAAGAACCUUACCGUCCAAUAUCCCAGUUUCAUUAUCAAGGAGCAACUGAAAAAGACACAUCCGCAAAUUACGUAAUAGCUGCAAGUAAUCAAGAGCUAUCCUUCAAUAAACCUGAUGCUGGAACUGGAAUCAAUGCUGGGUAUGAACAUGGGACUAUCAACAAUAGAGAUAUCAAUGAUAACGGUGGAAGCAUGCCUUAUAGAGCUGCAAACGCAAACAAUGCCGAAAAAAGUAAUCAGUAUGCUUCUGGUUCAUACAAGCCCAGCUAUGGAGGUGGUUCACAGUAUGCCUCUAGUGCUUAUCGUGGACCGUUUAUAGUUGCAUCAUACCAAGCACCUGACGCACAAGCAAGAAAUCACGCAAGACCGACAUCACCAGGACACCAUCCGCCGGCGCCAUUAGCUAUUCCCAUAAAUUACGGAGGAAGUGCGCAACCCUUGCCUACACAACCCCAUCACCAAAAUCAAUAUGCCAUUGCAUUUCCUGCUGAAUAUAUUCGACACUACCAACAAAAUUUGGCUUCAACAUUCCCACUACAUGGAGCUCAGAUGAUACAACUUAUAUAUGCUCAAAGUGCAGGGUCACCAUCACAAUCGGCAUCGGCAAAUGACCUCAAAGAUAAAAAAUAUGGGCAAAGUGCAAUUCAUUACGUACCUCUAACCCCAUAUUUAACCGCAUCUCAGGGCGUACAAACUUCAGCUGUUGGUGGAGCCAUGGUAACACAUAUUAUUCCAUAUUUUGGAUCUGGUGGCCAAAAACAUCAACAAGCUCAACAGGCACCCCCAGCAGCAUUUUACUAUGGAGCUAGCAAUCAGCAAAUGCCGUCAACUUCUUUAACAUACGAUACCACUUUACCACACCAACAACAUACAAUUCAAAAGCAACAAAUAUAUGGACCAUUCCAAAUUGCAGAGAUUGGAACAAUAGCGGUAGCUUCAUUGCCCUUGAAACCGAUGAUUGAUCCUGUUCAGCAGCCAUCGGGUUAUAAUCAGUUUUAUCAGAAUUAUCACCCUGAUGCUCCCGGAUACACUCAAUACUCUCAAAGUUCAUCCAUUUCCAAUGGCUCUGGCAGCAGCAGUAAUCAGGUAGAAAUUCCUUCUUACGGAGCUUCCAGCACCUCAGCGGCGAAAGAAAGUCCAUUGUAUUCAUCACCAACGUUAACCAAUCCUGAAAACACUUACUCAAGUUCUCCUGAAAGCAAUAGGGCUAAAGUGGCAUAUACAUACGGAUCGGAUCCGAACUAUGAAGGACCCAUAUACGCCCAUCCUGGUGCUAUACACUACGGCACACAUCUAUACCACAAUUCAAGAAAAGUAGUCCAGAUUGGUUCCAACCGGGUUACUGCUGGAUCUGCAGCCGUUGCUGGAGUGUCUCCAUCCUCUUUCUAUCCCCAACAGCAAUCUACAGCCAACAAUAGUCAAGGGAGUCGUGGUAGUUCCACUUCCGUCGUAAAGUUUGCUUAGAAGGCAUCUCUGGUACGAAAAAGAGAACGAGCACCAUGACGAAGAAGUGCUAUUUGUGUUCCAGUCUUGUGGAAAACUUUUUGAUAAUUUCUCUGCUUAACCUUAAGUUAAAUUACAGCAUACCUUCUACAUCCCGUGUUUAUUCCUGCAUUCCGUUACUUCAACUUGAACCCUAUUGUGUAUUCAUUUGCAUAUAUAUACUCGUAGAAGCAUGUAUAUAGAAUAAGUCAGAAUGAGUGCCGUGGACGAGGCGGCAUAGAAUUAUAAUUUGUCACAUAAUGGAAAUCUUAUGAAGCUCAUACAAUUGUUGUUGUUGCUGUCUAGAUUUUUUUGUUUUAUAAAACCUUUUUCUGGAUUGAUAAUUCUAUGGCAAGCUUGUUUAUUUUAAGUGAACAUGUGAAUAUGCUUCAACUUUUGUUUGUAUAUGCUCUUUGGAAUUAAGGUCUAAUUGAUAAAAUAGAUUUAAAAAUAGACAUAAUUGUAAGUGUGUGCAUUGGA